CUCCAGCCCCCCGACCAGCCGACACUCUUUCUCCCACCCAUCACCACAUCUGCACAUACACCACACCGCCAAUAUGAUCAUUUACAAGGACAUCAUCACCGGUGACGAGAUCAUCUCCGACUCGUACAACCUCAAGGAGAUUGACGGCGUCGCCUACGAGGCCGACUGCUCCAAGAUCACUGUCGGAGGCGAGACUUUCGACACUGGCGCCAAUGCCUCCGCCGAGGAGCAGGAGGAGGGUGCCGAGGACUCGGCCGAGACCAAGAUCGAUGUCGUCUACUCUUUCCGCCUCAAUGAGACGGGCUUCGACAAGAAGGGCUACCUCACAUACCUCAAGGGCUACAUGAAGGCAGUCAAGGAGGCUCUCAAGGCCAAGGGCGCUGACGAGGCCGCCAUCAAGGAGUUCGAGACUGGAGCCCAGUCUUUUGCCAAGAAGAUCAUUGCCAACUUCAAGGACUACGAGUUCUACACCGGCGAGUCCAUGAACCCCGACGGCAUGAUCGUCCUCCUCAACUACCGCGAGGAUGGUGUCACGCCCUUCGUUACUGUCUGGAAGCACGGUCUCGAGGAGAUGAAGGUUUAAGCUUGAACGGCUCAAGGCGCGGGGUCGGUUCACGGUUCAUUUUGAAUUUCACGAAUACCUAUUGCAUGGUUGGGAUAUCCGCCCGAAGGCGAAAAAACGACACGGCACCAAUCUAGACGACUGUUAUCGAGUCAUAUGUGACACAUGUUAUUCUUUC